UUAGUAUUAGUGUUUUGUCCUCUCCUGCAAGAUUGCUUGGACACGUUAGCAUCAUUUCAUGAUUACUGCUAUGGGAAACUGAUUAAAAAAUUUAGAAGAUCAGAGAAGAUUAGGACCCUUCCAUAGAGAGGGAUGCAGUCACAGAUCCGUAUGGAGGAUGAAUCCCCUCAAGGAGUCAGUGUCAAGGCUUUGGAAGCAACCUUAUUUUCCAUUCUAAAGAUGCUGGAUGUUGGGAAAUGGCCAAUUUUUUCUCUCUGUUCCCAAGAGGAGCUCAGAUUAAUUCGUCAAGCCUGUGUAUUUGGCAGUGCUGGUAAUGAAGUCUUGUAUGCAACUGAAAAUGAUGAGGUUUUUGUGCUUGGCGCAAACUGCAAUGGGUGUUUGGGAACGGGCGACAUCCAGAGCACUAUGGAACCACGGAGAUUAGAUACUUUAUGUGGCAAAAAGAUAGCCUGUCUGAGUUAUGGAAGUGGCCCUCAUGUUGUUCUUGCUACAGAAGAAGGAGAAGUGUAUACAUGGGGUCAUAAUGCUUAUUGUCAGUUGGGCAAUGGUGCCACAAAUCAUGGUUUGGUUCCAUGUCAAGUCUCUACUAACUUGGUGACCAAGAAAGUCAUUGAAGUUGCCUGUGGCUCUCAUCAUUCUAUGGUGUUAACAUCUGAUGGAGAGGUGUAUACAUGGGGUUAUAAUAACUCGGGCCAGGUUGGAUCUGGUUCAACAGUUAAUCAGCCAGUUCCUCGAAGAGUUACUGGCUGCCUACAAAAUAAAAUAAUAAUUAAUAUAGCCUGUGGGCAGAUGUGCUCUAUGGCUGUUGUAGAAAAUGGAGAGGUGUAUGUGUGGGGCUACAACGGGAACGGGCAGCUGGGCCUGGGCGGCAGUGGCAACCAGCCGACCCCGUGCAGAAUAGCAGCUUUGCAGGGCGUUCGGGUACAGCGGGUUGCCUGUGGCUAUGCACAUACAUUAGUGCUAACAGAUGAAGGUCAGAUUUACGCCUGGGGAGCCAACUCAUAUGGCCAGUUAGGUACUGGGAAUAAAAGUAACCAGUCUUACCCUACAACAGUAAUUGUGGAUAAGGACAGGGUGGUGGAGAUCGCCGCGUGCCACUCCACGCACACGUCGGCCGCCAAGACGCAGAGCGGCCAGGUGUUCAUGUGGGGCCAGUGCCGCGGGCAGGCCGUGGUCCUGCCCCACCUCACGCACUUCGCCUGCACCGACGACGUGUUCGCCUGCUUCGCCACCCCGGCCGUCAUGUGGCGCCUGCUCUCAGUAGAGCCUGAUGACCAUCUAACAGUAGCCCAGUCACUGAAGAAGGAAUUUGACAACCCUGAAACUGCAGACCUGAAGUUUCUGGUGGAUGGAAAAUACAUUCAUGUUCAUAAAGUUCUCCUCAAAAUUAGGUGUGAACAUUUUCGCUCCAUAUUGAACAGCGAUGACGAAAUUAUAGAAAUGAAUGAAUUUUCUUAUCCUGUUUACCGAGCCUUCCUGGAAUACCUGUAUACAGACAACAUUAGUCUUCCUCCUGAAGAUGCAAUAGGGCUGCUAGAUUUGGCCACCCUGUAUAGAGAAAACAGAUUGAAAAAGCUUUGCCAGCAAACCAUCAAACAGGGUAUUUGUGAGGAGAAUGCGAUUGCUCUUCUUUCAGCCGCUGUCAAAUACGAGGCUCAGGACUUGGAAGAGUUUUGCUUCAGAUUCUGCAUCAACCACCUAACGGUCGUCACGCAGACACCCGGCUUUGCGGAAAUGGACCACGACCUCCUCAAAAACUUCAUCAGCAAAGCGAGCCGCGUGGGGGCCUUCCGCAACUGA